AGCUGGUGCUCGUGGUUUCCGCGAUGAGUUCUCAGAAAGGGAACGUGGCUCGUUCCAGGCCUCAGAGGCACCAGAAUACGUUUAGCUUCAAAAAUGACAAGUUUGAUAAGAGUGUGCAGACCAAGACUUAUUUUCUGCUUUAAAAGAAACCAGAAAAUAAACGCAAAACUGCAUGAUGGAGUAUGUCAGCGCUGUAAAGAAGUUCUUGAAUGGCGUGUAAAAUACAGCAAAUACAAACCACUAUCAAAACCUAAGAAAUGUGUUAAAUGUUUACAAAAGACAGUGAAGGAUUCUUAUCAUAUAAUGUGUAGACCUUGUGCUGGUGAACUUGAAGUUUGUGCUAAAUGUGGAAAGAAAGAAGACAUUGUUAUUCCGUUUAACAAGGAGCCAGAAAAGACAGAAAAUACUGAAAAUAAUCUAAGUUCCAACUGUAGAAGAAGGUGCUUAAGAAAUGAAGAUGAAAGUGAUGGUGAUUUAGAUUUUGAUGUUGAUUUAGAUGACGCUGAAGAAGACAAUUAAGUGAACUAAUAAAAUUACAUCAAAUGUCAGCCCAACAA